CUCAGCGAUCUCAGAAUACCAACAGACAUCGCCAUGGGCUUUGGAGGCAUUCUUGAAGAUAGGCAUUUGCCACAUGUGCCAGGGACAGUCAUUCUUGACGAGAAAGUCGCCCAUUCCGAAGGCGUUACAGCAGGACUUCGCCAUGGCACAGGAAAGAAUGCAGACGUCGUCCUAGUCCCUCAACCAUCCGAGGAUCCCAAUGAUCCCCUGAACUGGUCACCGACGAAGAAGUUGACUUGUGUUGUCAUUCUUGGGCUGGGAACCUGUCUCAACGCAGCAACGAUCGGGCCGCUCUUGAAUGCUGGCCUCUUCACAAUCUCCAUGGACUUUGGCGUCCCUCUCGGCCAUAUAACACUCAUCUCUGGCUAUCAACUUCUAGUCGCUGGUGGCUCUGGUCCCUUCUACUCAGCCUUUUCUCGAAAAUUUGGCAAACGACCCUGCUUCAUUGCCUCUUCCCUCUUUGGCUUGAUCGGCUCCAUUAUCGGCUCAGCCACCAGCAAUUACAACGGGCUCCUGGCCGCCAGAAUCAUCCAGGGCUUAGCUAUCUCCGCGUACGAGUCCUUGAUUAUCUCGGUUAUUGGCGAUCUCUACUUUGUGCAUGAACGCGGAAGAUACACAUCAGGAAUCCAAUUUCUCCUCGGUGGCAUCUCCAACUUCUCAAGUGUCCUAACAGGUCCUAUAACCGCCAAUCUCGGCUGGAAAUAUCUCUUCCAUCUCCUAAUUGCUUUCAUCGGCUUCCAAACCAUCCUCCUCUUCUUCUUCUGUCCCGAGACUUCGUACAUCAGAGACCAUCGAUACGAGAUUGACGAGCUCGCAGUCCAAGACCUCAAAGAUCUUUCUGAAGUGGAGCACCGACACCAGCAACGCGAGCUGGACGCCAAGGAGAAUAACGGCGUGCCUCUUGCUCCCACCGAAACCCUGGCCUCGACCGUGCGUCCGAUUCCCCAGAAGAAGACCUUCUGGCAAGAAACAACCAUCUUCACUGGCACCUAUUCCGACGAGAAUCUCCUGCAGCUCGUCAUUGCUCCUUUCGCGGUGUGCAUGAACAUCGCCGUGCUCUGGGUCGUGGUGAUAUCGGGAACCAUUACCGCCACCUACGUCGCGCAAGCCUAUGUCCUGGCGCAGGUCUUCUCCUUGCCCCCAUACAACCUCAAUGCAUCCGGGAUCGGCUACCUAUCACUUGGGCCAUUCGUCGGUGGGAUCGUCGCAUCCAUCUGCGUAGGAAUCGUGUACGAUCGGCUGAUCCGCUGGUUCUGUGCGCGGAACGGGGGAACGUACGAGCCGGAAUACAGGCUCGUUGUCAUGGUCGCGGGCCUGCUGACUGGAGGCGGGCUGUGCGCCUGGGGAUACAUGAUCGAGCACGCCGUGAACAUGUAUGCAUGCGCUGCCGUGCACGGCAUUGUCCUCUUCGGCGUCAUCGGCGUGACCAUCUCCUCUUCCGCCUACGCGCUGGACGCGUACCGCGAUAUGAGCAACGAGAUCUUCAUUGCCGGGAUGGUGUUCAAGAACUUCUUGUUCUACGGCUUCAGUUACUUUGUCAAUGACUGGACGGCCGCGGUGGGACCUUCAGAGGUCUUCUACGUCUUUGGGGGCGUGGCGUUUGGGCUGACUUUGACAACUGUUCCGUUAUAUAUCUUUGGGAAGAAAUACCGAUCGAUCUGGUCUAGACACAAUCUUCUCGCCAAGUUCUCUAUACGUACUCACUCGGAAUACUAA